GGGGGAGAGACUGCCAGAGAGACAGGGCGUGCAUAUGUGUGAUGUGCAGCACAGACAGAGCUCAGCGCCCCUUGUAGCCCCCCUAGUGUAUGAGGGUGAGUGUGUGAGAGAGAGAGGGAGCAGCACGCAGAGCGGAUAGGGGGGCACAGCCAGAAAGAGGAGGAAGAAAAGAAAAAGAGUGAGAAAAAAAGAAUAAAGGAGAGAAAACGGAGAGAAGCCACCAUGCUGUGCUGUAUGAGAAGAACCAAACAGGUUGAAAAGAACGAGGAUGCCGACCAAAAAAUCGAACAAGAUGGCAACAAACCCGAGGACAAGGCUCACAAGGCAGCUACCAAAAUCCAGGCCAGCUUCCGCGGACAUAUAAUCAGGAAAAAGCUAAAGGUCGACAAGAAAGACGACAAUAGCGACGAGGCAGUAGAAAACCACAAGGACGGGGCGACCAAAACAGAGAAGGAAGCCCCCAAAACAGAGGAGCCCACCGCCGACGGACCUUUAGGAGACAAGAAGGAGGCUGUCAGCUCCCCAGUAGGAGACAAAAAGCCAGAACCAUCUUCAGAGAAGAACCAGGACCCCCCCUCAGAAGAAAAGCAAGCGCCGGCCGAGACGGAGAGCACCACGAAAGGGAGCACCGAAAACUCCCCAGGCGGGGAAGCCACCCAAGCAAAGGAAGAGCCCAAAAAAGCCGACGUGCCUGAAGCUACUCAAGAUGCUGCAUCUGAACAAGAACAGGGGAAAGCCGAGAGCAGUCAAGAGGACAUUAAGAAAGAUGAAGUAGAAGAAACCAAACCUAGUGAAAGUGCCCAACAAGAUGAGGCUGUCAGUGAAGAAGCCAAGCCGGACCAAGAAAAUGCCUGAACCCCCUGAUCCGUCCCCCCCGUUUCUCUCCUCUCGGACUCCAUUCUUCCAGGCUCCCCCCUCUCUCUUCUUCUCUCGAUCUCGUUCCUCACGUGGGUUCCUCACACCUCUCUUCCCUCCUAAUUUCUCUCUGUGUGGCAGAACAUGUAAAGGCAGGGAAGUUGCAGUCGAGCAGUGUGGCUUAAACAUUAAGUGUCUUUUGGUGUUGUUAAUGGCGAGUUUUCCAGUACGGUCCAAUCCAAUUCAUUCUGGGCAUUCACUUGCACUGUAUACAAGUUUUAUUCCAACGCCCGCGCUCUCUCUCUCUCUCUCUCUCUCUGUUUGACUGUGUGCAAUGUUCCGUUUAACCUAUGGAUUUCAAAUUUACCCGGUGAAUUUCCAAACAAUGUCUUCUUUUAUUCCGUUUGUAUCUUUCUGUUUAUUUUUUAUUUUAUUCUCGUUUCUCUUCAAUGUGAUGGAAUGAACUUAUCGAACAAAUAGCCCUCCCGACAGUUUGUUUUCCAAAAUAAAGCAAUGUGCCAAUUAGCGUAUACUCAA